UGCAACCCUCUAGGACACCGUACAUUUCACUUCCUGGAAAACAAACGCAUGCGCACUAUUGCCGUAACUGUCAUCGUUCUUAAGCAAAGGGCAAAGAAUCAUGGACAACAACGAGACUCCUGCCCAGAGGCCAGUCACCCUUGACAUCACAGGGACAGUGGAGGUUAAACCCAGCCUGAGUGAAGCCCCUAUCUCUCCAGAGCCAUCCCUCCUUCCCUCCUCUGAUGUCCAUUUCCAGGAGGAGAGCAUCGACCUGGGGGGCGAGUCCUUCAUCACUCCCGAGCAGGACAGCCACAGCACGCCCUCAGAGAGCCUGAUGGACAAGCUCAAUGACCAGAUGAUGGAGAGUGUCAUGAUCUCUGACUCCCCCAACAACAGUGAGGAGGACGAUGUGGUUCCCAUGGACAACCUGCUGGAGCAGUUUGAGGAGAGGGAGGAGGAGCCAGCAGCAGCAGUGGUUAAAGAAACCUUAGUGGAGGAAGAGGAGGAGGAGGUGGGGGAGAAAGUGGAUGAUCUGAUUGGACAAGACACUACUGAGAUCAAGAUAGAGGCUGCGAUGAUGCAGACAAGUCCAGUAGCCUCUAGUCCUGAGGAACCAUUGGAGAAUGUGAAACAGAAGCUAACCACUGUUGACCAGGACGUUAUCACUGUCUCUGUCUCUGCUGUAACCCCAGAGGACAGCACCCCCAGCUCAGGCAGCCCCAAGCCUGAGGCAGCAGCCCUGGAAGCCAGCAGCAAAGAGACCACAUCCAAGGAUGAAUCCAUCCCUGUGUGCACCAUCUUCAGCCAGGGCAGCCAGCCAAAAGCCCAAGCCCUGGUGCCGGAUGGCUUCCAGCCUACCCUCAUUAAAUCUCCCAGCUUCAGUAGUGGCACCGGGGGGAGCACAGAGAUUACCCCCAGUCAACUGGCUCCCCUGGUCUGCCAGCCCAGCCCCAGCCUCAGCAAGUUCUUCUCUGACAGUGGCCAUGUCAACCCAGCUACUGACUUCUUUGACUCCUUCACUACCUCCUCCUUCAUCUCUAUCAGCAACCCCAACGCAGAGUCCCCAAAGUCAGCCGCCCCACCCGAACGCCAGCUCUCUGCUUCCUCUGGGUCCUCUCUGUCCACCUCUGGGCUUACGGAGUCCGGCAUCCCUACCCCUAGCUCCUUCAUUGGGCCUACCCAGACUGAAGCCACCCCCAGGCCUCUUCAACAGGCUCCAGUAGAGCCAUCCCCGGCCACAGCCCCUCAGCCCUUCACCCAGCUGCAGGCAGUGUUCUCGGGGGGAGAUGACCCGUUUGCCACGGCACUGAACAUGAGUGAAGCUGAUAAGAGGUACGAUGCCUGGCUGCCUUCUGAGGAGACCAGGAAGGUGCUGAUCUCCAUGGCAACGCAGCAGUACAGCCAGGUGUUUGUGGAGAGGGAGAGACUGGCCAUGCCCGGACUCAAGUUUGACAACCUGCAAGGUGAUGCUGUGAAGGACCUGAUGGUGCGUUUAAUGGGGGAGCAGGCAGCUAUGAAGAGACAGGUCCUUACAGCCAACUCUGUAGAACAGUCCUUCCUGGGCCUCAAACAACUCAUUCUCCAUUUGAAAGAACUAGGAUGCACAGAAAACGCUUGCACUUCCACUUAUUCAAGCACGAAGAACUGGCGUGCUGCGGUGGACCUGACAGGCAGACUGCUGACAACUCAUGGUCAGGGCUACGGUAAGGCUGGCCAGCCCUCCAGCCACAACACUGACUCACUACAGCUGUGGUUUGUUCGCCUGGCCCUGCUCACCAAGCUGAGCCUGUUCCAGAACGCUGAGAUGGAACUGGAGCCGUUUGGAAACCUGGACCAACCUGACCUCUACUAUGAAUACUAUCCUACCGUAUACCCUGGGAGGAGAGGCUCCAUGGUUCCGUUCUCGAUGCGGGUGCUGCAUGCAGAGCUGCCUCAGUACCUGGGGAAACCACAGGAGUCUCUGGACAGACUACACAGCAUGAGGACCGUCUGUCAGACCAUCCUGGAUAACCUUGAGCAGGGCUUGGCUGAGGAUGGCAGCAUGAUCAACCUCACCCAGGAGAACAGACAAGCAUCUCUUCAGCUGUGGAAGUCUCGUCUGAGUCGGGUCAUGUACGCCAUGGCUAACUGUCUGCUCAUGAUGAAGGACUAUGUUCUGGCUGUAGAGACAUAUCACUCCAUCAUCCAGUACGAGCCUCAGCAGAAAGUACAGCUGCUGAGUGGGAUAGGACGCAUAUUCCUGCAGAUUGGAGACAUUAAAACAGCAGAGAAGUAUUUCCUAGAUGUGGAGAAAGCCUCUCUGGAGAAGGGAAGUGGAACUACAGACACAUGUGUUUUGAUGAACAGGGCCUUCAUCUACCUCAGUCAGAACAACUACUCAGAGGCACAUUCCUCGUUCGCAGAGGUCCUAAAGAUCGACCCCAAAAACCCUGUGGCGAAUAACAAUGCAGCAGUGUGCCUGUUGUACCUGGGCCGUCUGAAGGAGUCUCUGAGACAGCUGGAGGGCCUGGUGCAACAGGACCCGGCCCUGUACCUCCACGAGAGCGUACUUUUCAACCUGACCACCAUGUACGAGCUGGAGUCGUCCCGCUCCACCCAGAAGAAACAGGCCCUGCUGGAGUCAGUGGCCUGCCGAGAGGGAGACAGCUUCAAUACACAGUGCCUCAAACUGGUGUAGCGGGAACCAGGGAGGUAUGGGACCCUUGUAGGUCACAAGAUUAGAGCAAAACAUUUGCAAGAAUAGGGGGCCCAUCAGGAGUGUGGCCUAGGCUUGAGUGUCAUUACACUCCACUAAACAACAUGGGCAUUACCCUGCCUGAACUCUAGAGCAGGCACACACAACUGUUCUCACAGCGCAGGCAAAUUCACUCCCCAUAUUAUACUAGUAGUGAUGGAAAUGAUUGUGUAACUCACAGGUGAAUGCUUAUAGGAUAUCUAUGUGAAUACAUACAGUACAAUGUUUUUAGACAAAACGGACAUUUUGCAUUCCUGUGUAAUUAAGAACUGAGUAAAUCAUGUUAUUUUGUCCUGUAAAAUCAACCACACUUCUGUACCUUUUUGAAUUUGAGGGGCAAUGAAUGACUUGGCUCAGGAUCCACCCCUUUCCACAAAAGAAAUGUAAAAUAGAUAUGGAAUAAUGCAACUGUACAUAUUAUUAUUCGUAGGGAAAAUAUAUUAAUGGAAAGUUAUUGAAUUAUCCUAAUGAUCUCUUAAGUAUAACUGUUUGUUUACAUGCUGUGGUGUUUACCUGAUGUUGUUGAAGUGUACUGUAUUGCUCUGGAUGUGAGAAAAGGAAUCUUGUUUAUCCAAAUAAACUGAACUUGGUGUA